AUGGAGUUGGGUAGUAUUCUUAAUUUCCUUGGCAACAAGACCAUUUUCGUUACUGGUGUCACUGGUUUUCUUGCCAAAAUAUUUGUUGAGAAGAUACUUAGGGUUCAACCAAACGUAAAGAAGUUAUAUCUUCUUGUAAGAGCUACUGACGCCAAAUCCGCCAUGCACCGAUUCAAUACUCAGGUGGUGGAAAAGGAUUUAUUUAAAAUCUUGAAAGAGAAAUAUGGCACAAAUCUACAAUCAUUCUUGUCUGAAAAAGUUACACCUGUAGCCGGAGACAUUACUUAUGAAAAUCUGGGUAUAAAAGAUUAUAAUUUAAUCGAAGAGAUGUGGGAAAAUAUUGAUAUCGUUGUCAAUGUAGCCGCCACCACCAACUUUGAUGAAAGAUAUGACAUUGCUUUAUCUUUGAAUACGUUUGGAGCUAAAAAUGUUUUAAAUUUUGCUGCCAAAUGCAUCAAAAUAAAGUUGCUUCUCCAUGUAUCCACUGCUUAUGUCUCCGGUGAGAAACCAGGGCUUAUACUAGAAACGCCAUAUCGUCUUGGUGAUGCACUUAAUGGUGCAGAUGGACCCGACAUCAACACAGAAGAGAAAAUCAUUAAAGACAAAUUAAAAGAACUCAAUUACGAUAAAACAGCUACCGAUAAAUCUAUUAUGUUGGCCAUGAAGGAUUUUGGUAUUCAAAGGGCAAACAAAUUUGGUUGGCCAAAUACGUAUGUUUUUACGAAGGCAUUGGGAGAAAUGGUUCUUGGGCAUUUGAAAGGAGAUAUGCCUUUGGUCAUUCUUCGCCCAACCAUCAUCACUAGCACAUAUAAAGAACCCUUUCCUGGUUGGAUGGAAGGCUUAAGGACUGUCGAUAGCUUGAUAGCUAGUUAUGGCAAGGGUAAGUUAGCAUGUUUCCUCGGUGAUCCCGAAUCCAUUCUUGAUGUGGUUCCCGGAGAUAUGGUAGUGAAUGUUAUGAUUGCCGCAAUAACAGCUCAUGCAAACCAGCCUUAUGAAACAAUAUACCAUGUUGGAUCUUCAACAUCAAAUCCUUUGAAGUACAAAGAAAUUCAAAAAAAUGCAUAUAACUAUUUUUCAAAACAUCCAUGGAUUAACAAAGAUGGGAAGUUGGUAAUAGUUCCUGAGGUUAAGGUGUUGAAUUCCAUGUCAAGCUUUAAUAGAUACUUUAAUCUCCAUUAUGUGCUUCCCCUACAGGCUUUUCAAGUCAUGAAUAUGGCAUUAUGCCAUGCUUUCAAUGGAACGUAUGAAAACCUUAAGCGAAACAUCAACCUAGUGCUAAGGUUGGCAGAGUUGUACAAACCCUAUCUUUUCUCAAAAAGCUUCUACGAUGAUAUUAAUACUCAAAAACUGCAUCAAUUGGUUACGGAAAAUGAGGUGGAAGCCAAUAUCUUCUAUUUCGAUCCAAAGACAAUUGACUGGGACAAUUAUUUUAUGAAUAUACAUAUUCCCGGAGCAGUAAAACACGUGUUUAAAUAA